UUCUUCUCCGGCGAAGAAGAAGAAGAAGAUAACGAAAGACACAACCAUGAACGGAGCUUCGCUCUGCAAUUCCGUUUUGCUCCAUUCUCAAUCUCCUUCUCGUUUGAAGUCAUCGUGCUCCUUCGCUUCUUCUUCUUCGUCGUCUGGUUAUCUGAUUUCUCCCUGUUUUACAAGUUCUACAUAUAUCUCAUUUUCUCAUCGAAUUCGACAGAGAUUUCGAGCAUUCGUUGUCAAAAGAAACGAUGGGUUUCGUUCCUUCGCUGUAAACAAACGAAAAAGCGGCAGUUCCGGUGUGAUGGAGUCGGGAAGCAGUAUCGACGACGAUGAUGGGGAAGAAGAAGACGAUGAUGAAGAGGAGGAUGAGGAUUGGGGUGAAUUUGAUUUAGAAGGCGAAGGAGAUGGAGACGAAGAUGAAGUUGAGUUUUUGCCAAUGGGGAAGAUGAAGAAAUGGUUGGAGAAAAAGCCUCGUGGGUUUGGGGUAGGUAAAAAGUACGAAACUUCAAUUGAAGAUAAGCUGCUCGACGAAAUUGAACAAAGCUGGAAAGCUCAAGCUGCUAAUCUCAAUAAGCUCAAGAACGAUCCUCUCAAGCGCAACGAUAGUCAAAUCAAAGGACCUGGAGAAACUCAGAUUGGGUUCCGUGUUCGUGUGACCAAUCUUCCUAAGAAGAAGAAUGUUCACAGAGAUCUUAAGGUUGCUUUCAAAGAAGUAAGUGGUAUCUUAAAUAUAGCACCAGCUGUGUCAGGGAAUAAGAAGACUAAAGAUCCUGUCUGUAAAGGAUUUGCUCUUGUUGAUUUCAAAAGCGAGAUUGAUGCAAAUAGGUUCGUGGAGCAGUUCACUGGACAGAGAUUAUCAUUUGGAAAAGUUAUAAAGCAAAUCAAAUGUCAAGUUGUGGACUUUUCUUCAAAUCAAUCAGUGUCUGAGGAAUUACGCUCAGAUACAGUCUUUGAGGAGCUUCCGUUUUCCGGUUUAGAAGCAGUUUCUAAUGCUGAUGUUGCUUUCUUGGAUUCACAAGAAGAAUCGGAUGAUUCAGACGAAGAGGUGGAUGAAACGGAAGCGGAAGAAGAAGAACGAAAUGGUAUCUCUAGCAGCGUAGAAUCUCCUAUAGAACCAAGACGUGAUUCGAAACCUGACUUAAGGUCUCAGAAACAAGUCGUGAAGCGUGAGAUUGGAGAACACGAGGAAUUAGAGACGUCUUUAGUUUCAUCCCUGGCAAAUAAAUCCGAGGAAGCUGUAGGAGAAACACGCCUGGAUGAUGAUGAACUUGAUACGGCUGAUGUAGAAGAAUUUGCUAAAGAGAAUCUUGAACCUCCGAACAGUUCAAUGUCAUCCUCAGAUGAAAAACGGAUAGAUAGAAUCCGUAGGCUGGAGCUUAAGCUUCUUGGUAGAGAAAAGCUCUUGAGCGGAGGAGCUGACUCUGAUCAACAAGAAGCAAAACCAGCUAGUAGAGUCGAAGGGCAGAAGAAGGAGAAGAAGAAGAAGAAGAAAAAGAUUCUUGUGAAAGGGAAAAAGGCCUCAACGAUAGAAAUUCCAGGAUCUUCCAAGAGGUUAAAGGUGAAGGAAAAGGCUCUCUUAACCGGUGUCUUAGUCAAGUAUGCGGCAAAAGCUGCUUCAACCUCAAAUGACGAAUGAUCAUCACAAAAGUGGAUCUAAGUGUUAGUCUGAUCAAUUUUGUUUUGGAGGAAUUCUCUUAAUCAAUUGCUAGUAGAUAGCCAUCUUUUUUCUGUUCUUGUAGAAGUAUUACAAGAUACAGACUAGACAAAGGAUAAGGGCAUAAAACGUUACAUGAGGAUAUGCUUUUCUGUCUCUGUUGCUUCUCUUGUGCCAUUUCGUGGAUACAACGAUGUCGGCAAAUUUCAUUUUCAGAACAUAAUAAGAUUCUGACUAUUUGUUUCA